AUCACCUACAAUGGCGACAGCAGCGGUUGAGCUGGAGCGGCGGCGCGACCGCAAGGCCAUCUUGGAGAAGACCAAACAAGACGUGUGGACCAUCUGGUACGCCACCGAGAACGGCAAGGUCGACCGGGUGCGUUCGUUGCUUGAGAAGAAGCCAUCUAUCCUCAACGUUCAGGAGACAAGAAUGAAGUGGACGCCUCUGCAUUUCGCAGCUCGGUUUGCACAAGAAGCCGUGAUGCGAGUGUUGUUGGAGCAGCGAGCGAACCCGGAUAUCGUGGACAAGGACGGCAACACGGCGCUGCACCUGUGCGCUGGGUGGGGCUCCCGGCAUUGCUGCGUCUUGCUGCUCGAAGGCGGUGCGGACUCACAGUGCCUCAAUGAUGAAGGCUUAACAGCCCUCGAAAUGGCGUGUAAAAUGAACCACGCUGAUAUUGCGCAGGUGCUACGGUCAUGGGUCCCAGUCGAGCCAACGAUGGCCCAGCGACAGGAGAAGAAGCGGCGCAUUGAAGCAUACAUCUGCCCCGACGAUGCAGCGAUCAAGCGCGAGCCUGAGCUCGUAUAUUUGGAACUACGAGCGCUUCAGUCCAAAGAGACCACUCUUGGCCCAACGCAUCCUGGGAUUAUCGGAACACUCAUCAAGCUCGCCAACCUCUUCAAGUCCCUCGAUCGACCGGCGGACACAAUUCAAUCGUUGCGUCGGGCGCUGUCCAUCAACAUCUUCAACUUUGGAGAGCUUCACGUGGACACGGCGAUCUUGCGCAGCAACUUGGCCGCCGCGCUCUUUACAUCUCGCCAUGUCGACCCUGGGUAUGUCGAAGAAGGCGUUGUGUUGCUGCAGACCGCUCUCCACGUGUUGUCCGAUUCGCCAGAGACAAAGUACUCGAUGGAACGUACAACGUGUCUGGAAAACCUGUGCAUAUGUCUGCAGUACUCGUCGCAGCAUGCGCUGGCUCAUGGACACAUGACGGAAUUGCUCAAGGUCUUUGGGGCCACGUACGGCACCGACCACGAAAAGGUGCUGGGGCUUCACCUGGCGCUCGCGACAAAGUACAUCGCCGAGGUAGGACGAACCGAAUUUCCUGCGAAAUCGAGACAUGUGGGGAAGAGGAGAUUCGACGAAGGCGAAUCGGUCUUUCGCCAGUGCGCGGACGUUGCGAUGAAGAAGCACGGCCGCGUGCAUCGCACUGUCUCGCAUUGCCUCGACUGUCUUGGCCGCGCCUACUUUGUCCGGGGCCACUUUCAACAAGCGGAGAAAACGUUCCUCGAGUCGCUUCAGAUCCUCCUUGUGCUGUACGACGCUUCUCAUGUCGAUAUCAUUCGUGGCCACAACAACUUGGCCAUGGUCACCAUCGCCAUGCAAAGUCCGGACGUUGUGGUCGAGAGACUCAACUGCGCUGCACUGUAGCAACUAUGUCCCGCCGUUCGUGUCAUCGUCGCAUAUUUGCACGUGAACAAUCUGGGGCGACACAGCUCCCCACACACACAACAUCGCUCGAGCGAGCCAGAGAAAAUCCUUGCUUCACCCGGUACACAGCUAAAAACAAAGCCACCGCUUCCCCAGCGGGGGAAGAAUGUUGUCUCCAUGUCUCUAUUCCUUACGCGCGCGGCGCACCAGCGCUGGAUCUCCUUUGACGCGACCAUGAUGAACCCAUUGCCACUUUUGAUAUUCGUGUCGCACCCACCCAACGCUCAAAUCCAAGAACAUACAACCCAACUUGCUAUGAUACUGCGACGUGUGGUCUCUACAGGGUCGUCGUGCGAGGAUUGUCGAGGUGCAUGACCGCGUUCGGGUUCGGAUGGUAGCCCGAUUCGGGCAAAGCUUGGCCGCCGCGAGCCAUCGAUUGCUUGUCGCUGAGGGUGACCUUGGCCAGCGCUUCACCCGACAAGUUGUCGAUCACUUCGGACGAGUAGUUCUCGACCUUCAUGUCGAGCAAGCCAAGGUUGUCGUUUUCUUCUUCCGUGCGGACGUACGACUCGCACGUCAUGUCAGGGUCGUCCGCGGCCGACCCGCACGGCGAGUAGAUGAAGCUGUUGGCCAACGGAUCUUCGAUGAUCAAUGUGAACGGCGUGCCAUGCUUGAGCGCCUCCAACUUGUCCAGCCACGCGCGAAGCCCCGAGCGGCCACCGUCGCUAUCACCGACGGCGAACGGGUUACCCUUCGUGAUGUUCUCGGCAAUCUACCACGACUCCGUCAUCGUCGACAUGAUCGACCCACAAACCUUGUCAAGGAGCCCUUCGAUUGUCGUGUACAGUCCGCCCAGCGACCCGGCCACCAUUUCCAAUUCCACUUCGGGAAUAUGCACGCAGGCCGAGUCGGAUUUGAGUACGUCGCGGUCCAAGAACGAUUGGUCCUAAAUCGCCUUGAGCCGCGUCAAAUAUAGUAAGCGUCGACGCACCU